AUGUCGUCAACAUCAUCUCAAACAUCAUCAUUACAUCGUUCAAAUGAACUUGUUGAUUUAACAUCAUGUUCAACAACACAAACAAAUUCAACAAAUUUUGCACCUAUUCAUCGAACAGUUGAAUUAGAAAAUCUUUAUGAUCAUAUUAAUAAUGAUAAUGAUAAUGACAAACAAAUCUUAACAUCACCAACAACAACAAAAAAAGUUUUAACAAAAUGUAUGACUGUUAUUGGUGAUGGAAGUGACAAACAGAUUUAA